CCGGCCGAGCGGGGAGGGGCGGGGCGCGCUCAGGGUGCGCGCGUGCGCAGUAGCUCCCGCCGGCCAUGGGUGACGCGUCGCGGAGGGCGGAGUCGGGCACUCAGCUACUUGCUCGACUUGAGGGCAGAAGUUCUCUGAAGAAUCUUGAACCUUAUCUGUUUGCUGAGGAAGGAUCUCCUGUUCAUGGAGAUGUCAUUGAAUUCCAUGGUCCAGAAGGAACAGGAAAAACAGAAAUGCUUUAUCACCUAAUAGCCCGCUGCAUCAUUCCAAAAUCAGGAGGAGGACUGGAAGCAGAAGUCAUGUUCAUUGAUACGGACUACCAUUUUGAUAUGCUUCGUCUAGUUACCAUUCUCGAGAGCAGAUUGGCGCAAAGGACAGAAGAAAUGAUAAAGCAAUGCCUGGGAAGGCUUUUUCUUGUGAACUGCAGUAGUAGCACCCAGUUACUCCUCACUCUCUACUCUUUGGAAAACAUGUUUUGCACUCAUCCCUCUCUCUGCCUUUUGAUUUUAGAUAGCCUGUCAGCUUUUUAUUGGAUAGACAGAAGCAAUGGAGGGGAGAGUCUUAACUUGCAGGAGAUGAAUCUGAAGAAAUGCGCCAACUUUCUUGAAAAGCUUGUGAGGGAGCAUCACUUAGUCCUCUUUGCAACAACACAGACACUUAUGCAGAAAUCUACAAACUCUGCAGAAAGCUUUUUUCCUUUAAAACUUCAACAUGAAACUGAUACAGACUAUAGACCUUAUCUUUGUAAAUCAUGGCAACAAAUGGUGACCCACAGGAUAUUUUUCUCUAAGCAGUGCAGUCCUAGCAACAGCAAAGGUUUUACCGUUAUUUCUUGCCACCUUAAAAGAAACCAUGUAGUAAAACGUUCAUUUAAUGUUGCAGAAUGUGGAGUUCAGUUUUAACUUCAGUUUGUUUUUUAAACGUGUAGGAAAUCCUGGUGCUUAAGGCCUGAUUAGGUCUAAGUCAUUUUUAGUACCUUUUAAACAAGUUGGUUGUUGCUGGGUGAUUCAGAAUUUCUGUCACCAUUUUCUAAAAAUUUAGUGAAAGGCAGGAAAUGGUAAAAUUUUUGAAUUACUGUAGACUUUCAGUCCAAACUAGCAAAGAAUGUUGAAAUUACUUGUUUGUGCUUAAUGCAUAAAGAGAUUAAAUCAAGAAAAUUAUAACCAAAGACAUUCUAAACUCCUAGUAUCGUUCAGUGAUCUAACGUAUGUGAUAUGUGGCCAAAUGCAUUCAUUUCAUUUCUGGGUCUUACUGCUUUCCACUCCUCCUCUUCCAAGCUACAGAAACAGGAGCCCAGUCGUUCAUGGGGGAGACUGCAAAAAGGCGAGUGUUUGCUCUUUAUAAAUAUUGGUCUUGGUUCAUUCCCAGUAGCCUGGGGCAUCUGAAAUGCAUUCACGACUUUGCUUGAAGAAGAGGAUUCAUUUUCACAGGCUGUUAAAUAGUGGUAAUCCUGACCGUGCCUCUCCAGGCUUGCAGCCGCUCUGUUUACGUUAGCAUGUGCUUGGAGAAGCAAGAAGUGCAGGUGUUUAGACCCUUAGAAGCAGCUAAGUUUGAAGAGUCUACAGCUAUGGCAGAAAUGGAGGCCUGAUUUCCGUAACCGAAGAAAAACUGAAGACCCAUUGCUGGGUACCUGUGAGUUUGUGCCACAUGGAGCAAGCAGUUUAGUCUUUGAAACUAAUGAAGUGUAGGUCAUGGGUUGUUCUGGGUGUGGGGGGGUUGUUUGUUGGUUGGGUUUUUUUUAGAUGUAUGCACAGACAUAGGUUUUUUUUUCUCUGCCCUCCCUCAUUAUUCCCUCCCACUUCUUUCCCUUCCCCCACUCUCUCUAAGAAAUCCAGGAAUGCCAUGCCUCUGGUCUUUACCAAUAUGUAUUUGCCACAUGUAGAACAUUUGUGUGCAGGAUUUGGCAUGCAACAUGUUGCAAUUCUGGCAAAGAAGAUUCAGAACUUAUGGGAAAUGCCCUACAGUUCUGGCAAAGAGUACCAUAUUAUUU